AUGUCCUCGAUUCUUCAGGUGGAUGAAGUGCAACGCGAUCUGGAAGAGAUUUUCGACCGCGUUGAAGCGGCGGAGCAGCAGGAGGCGCGGCGUAACCAGAAAGGCGUCGUGUUUGACGCAGAAGAGGAACCCCGGCGGCGGGACAACUCUUGGGCACGAGACCUUCUGGCCAGGGCCAAACCACCAUUGGCAGAGGUUGUCGUGGACGACAACUUCUUGGAGGAGACGGAAGAGUUGCGGAAAGCCUUCGUGGAGGAGACGCCGAUGCAGAAGUUCAAGCGGAAGCUCAGCAGCAUCAGCGACAGCAGCCUGACGCUCAUCAUGCAGCGCACCUUGGACCUGGCAUCCCUGCAGCAGCAAUUGAAGGCGGCCAGGUGCACAAAGACCGUGCGCCGGAAACUGCGCAGGUUGGUGCGUGUGGCCAAGCUGUCUGGCCACUUCUGGGCCUUCAACGCGCAGCAAAGGGAGGAGCUCCUGAGCGAUGCCAACGUCUACGUCUUUGAAACACCGCAAGGGGGGCCUGAAGAGCUGCCUGAGCGCCAAGCCGCUGGCCACCCACGCCCGGGACCAGUGGGGCCUGCUGCCAUCCGCCGUCGCUCCAAACAAGCUCCGCCAGAUGUACUCUGGCAGGGAUGGGAGGCUGUCCAGAUGGCGAUGAAGCCCUGGUCGCUGCUGCGGUGGGCGACGCAGCAACUCCUAUUUAGCAAGGUUGAGAAGGGCCACUGCUACUACAGCAGCCAGCCGCUCAGCGCAAGCCGACUUGUUGCGGAGCUACAGGCGCACUGCACUUUGCAAGACUUUUACAGUCGCCUUCCGUUGCUCGCGAGCCCAUCCACGCCCUACGAUCUUGGUGACGUAGCUGUCCACAUUGUCGGAGACAUCAAAACGCCCAAAGGCGAUGUCCUCACUGAUGGUUUUGCAGAGAUCAGUUUGAAACUUGCCCGCAAGCUGAACCUUGUAUCUGGCGAGCAGGUUAGACAAGGAGUCUACGAUGCUUAUCAAUUUCGUGGGCUAGCGAGGGACGCAGCCACUGGAGAUGCUUUGAUCGUCAAGGGAAUGUUCGUGGUCAUUGAGACAGAUGAGGAUGUCAUGUACAUCCGUAAGUCGUGCGAGAAGAUCCGCUUCAAACCUUCUGCCGAAUUUUCAUCUUUUUCUCAAGAGCUGGACGUUGUGCAGUCCACUGCCACCCCGAGGCUGAGCACAAAGGCAGACCUGCGCGACUUCUGCAGAAGUCGCAGGGCAGACACUGCAGACGCCAUGGAGGCCGAAAGCUGGGGCUUUGCGCGCGGGCUUCCUGAACACAGCCCCGGCAUCGCCGUGACGGCGCUUGGGACGCCUGCUUCGCGCCCAGUGAUGCUCCCGUCAGAUAUCGAAAUCUGGGAGAGCGUGCCACUGCCCGACGACGCCACUCUUGUUCCCAACAACUGCAUCAUAUGCAGUUGCAAGGGCAUGGGUGUGCUCGCCCUGGCUGGCGGCGACUACGAUGGGGACGUGGUGUUCUUUUCCUCGGACAGGGACUUGCUGGAGUUUGUCGCCAACACGCCAGAUGGCCUCCACCGCCCGAAGCUUGUUGGGCUGGAGCAAGCUGUGAAGGAGGCCCUUGCUCAGGAAGCUCCAGUUCAAGAUUUUUCCUACUUGGAUUUCCUGAAGCACUGCUGCAAAGUCCCCACACCUAAUGUGCGGGGCAGAACCUGCGCAAACGCAGAGCGUGCGCAGCUGGCAGUCUAG